CCGGCCGCCGGCCCCGCCGCAGCGCGGACGUCCCGCCACGGCCCUGGGAGGCGGCAGCACAUGGCGGCCGCAGCGGCCAUGAGCGCGGCCCGGCCCGGCGCCCCCUGAGCCCGCGCCCCGGCCCGCUCGGCCCGCCCCGCCGCCAUGGGCGUGCAGGGCUUCCAGGACUACAUCGAGAAGCACUGCCCGAGCGCCGUGGUGCCGGUGGAGCUGCAGAAGCUGGCCCGGGGCAGCCUGGUGGGCGGCGGGCGGCAGCGUCCCCCGCACUCGCCGCUGCGCCUGCUGGUGGAUGCCGACAACUGCCUGCACCGCCUCUACGGCGGCUUCUACACCGACUGGGUCAGCGGUGGCCAAUGGAACCACAUGCUGGGCUACCUGGCGGCGCUGGCCAAGGCCUGCUUCGGCGGCAACAUCGAGCUGUUCGUCUUCUUCAACGGCGCGCUGGAGAAAGCGCGGCUGCACGAGUGGGUCAAGCGCCAGGGCAACGAGCGCCAGACGGCGCAGCAGAUCGUCAGCCACGUCCAGAACAAGGGCACGCCGCCGCCCAAGGUCUGGUUCCUGCCUCCCGUCUGCAUGGCCCACUGCAUCCGCCUGGCGCUCAUCCGCUUCCACGUCAAGGUCGCGCAGAGCAUUGAGGACCACCAUCAAGAAGUGAUCGGUUUCUGCAGAGAAAAUGGUUUCCACGGCCUGGUUGCCUACGACUCCGACUACGCGCUGUGCAAUAUCCCCUACUACUUCAGCGCCCACGCCCUGAAACUGAGCCGCAACGGGAAGAGCCUCACUACCAGCCAGUAUCUGAUGCACGAAGUGGCCAAGCAGCUGGACCUGAACCCAAACCGCUUCCCCAUCUUUGCUGCCCUGCUAGGAAACCACAUCCUGCCCGAUGAAGACCUCGCCUCCUUCCACUGGAGCCUGCUUGGUCCAGAGCACCCACUCGCCUCUCUGAAGGUCCGCGCCCACCAGCUGGUCUUGCCACCUUGUGACGUGGUGAUCAAGGCCGUGGCCGACUAUGUCCGCAACAUCCAGGAUACCUCAGACCUGGACGCCAUCGCUAAAGAUGUUUUCCAGCACUCCCAGUCUAGAACAGAUGACAAAGUGAUUCGGUUUAAGAGAGCGAUCGGCUAUUACUCAGCGACUAGCAAGCCAAUGGCGUUUCACCCUCCUCAUUACUUAGCCAGACCAAAUCCAUUCGGAAUGCCUGGGAUAGUGCCACCGUAUGUCCCCCCCCAGAUGCUCAACAUUCCACCGGCCUCUCUGCAAGCAAAGCCCAUGGCCCCACAGGUGCCGGGUCCAGGGGCUCCAGGCCAGGGUCCACACCCAUACAGCCUCGCCGAGCCAGCUCUCACCUUGGAGACAAGUGGAAAGAAUCCAGCCGAGCAGAACAGCUACAGCAGCAUUCCUCAUGAGGGAAAGCACACCCCGCUGUAUGAACGGUCCUCCCCCAUCAACCCCGCUCCCGGCGGCAGCCCCAACCACGUGGACUCCACAUACUUUCCGGGCUCUUCCACGUCGUCCUCUUCUGACAACGAUGAUGGCAGUGGAGGAGCCGCAAACCAUAUCAGUGGGAACAAAAUUGGCUGGGAGAAGACGGGAAGCCGCUCAGAGCCUCGAGCACGGGGAGACCCAGGAGACCAAACAAAGGCAGAAGGCUCGUCCUCUGCCUCUUCGGGCAGCCAGCUCGUGGAAAUGAAGGGGAGCCAGAUUGGCACCGUGCAGCCAAUUCCGUGCCUCCUGUCCAUGCCCACCAGGAACCACAUGGACAUCACCACCCCACCCUUGCCCCCCGUGGCACCCGAGGUGCUGAGAGUGGCUGAGCACCGGCACAAGAAGGGGCUGAUGUACCCCUACAUCUUCCACGUCCUGACCAAGGGUGAAAUCAAAAUUGCUGUUUCUAUUGAAGAUGAAGCCAGCAAAGACCUGCCUCCUGCCGCCCUGCUCUAUAGGCCAGUUCGCCAGUAUGUUUACGGAGUCCUGUUUAGCUUGGCAGAAAGCAGAAAGAAAACUGAGAGACUUGCUUUUAGAAAGAACAGACUUCCACCAGAAUUUUCUCCGGUGAUCAUUAAAGAGUGGGCAGCUUACAAAGGGAAGUCACCACAGACCCCCGAACUGGUGGAAGCACUUGCCUUCAGGGAGUGGACCUGCCCCAACCUGAAGAGGCUGUGGCUGGGGAAGGCGGUCGAGGACAAGAACCGCAGGAUGCGGGCCUUCCUAGCCUGCAUGCGUUCAGACACGCCAGCCAUGCUCAACCCUGCCAGUGUGCCCACCCACCUCACGGUGCUGUGCUGCGUCCUGCGGUAUAUGGUCCAGUGGCCCGGAGCACGGAUCCUGCGUCGCCAGGAGCUGGAUGCCUUCCUGGCCCAAGCGUUGUCCCCCAAACUCUACGAGCCAGACCAGCUGCAGGAACUCAAGAUUGAGAACCUGGACCCCCGCGGCAUCCAGCUGUCGGCACUCUUCAUGAGCGGGGUGGACAUGGCACUGUUUGCAAACGAUGCGUGUGGCCAGCCCGUGCCCUGGGAGCACUGCUGUCCCUGGAUGUACUUCGAUGGGAAACUCUUCCAGUCCAAACUCCUCAGAGCAAGCCGGGAGAAGACCCCGCUCAUCGACCUCUGUGAUGGUCAGGCGGAGCAGGCAGCCAAGGUGGAGAAGAUGCGGCAGAGCAUUCUGGAGGGGCUGAACUUCUCCCGGCAGAGCCACCCACUGCCCUUCCCGCCACCUGCACCCCUGCCCUUCUAUCCCACUUCUGUGUAUCCACGCCACUUUGGGCCUGUGCCCCCCGCCCAAGGCCGAGGGCGGGGCUUCGCAGGAGUCUGUGGCUUUGGAGGCCCCUAUGGGGAAACUGUAGCAACAGGCGCUUACCGUGCCUUCCGCGUGGCGACGGCGGGACACUGCGGAGCCUUCUCAGGCGGGGACAGCAGCAGGACCAGCAAGUCGCAAGGCGGAAUCCAACCUAUACCUUCUCAGGGAGGGAAGCUAGAAAUAGCAGGCACCGUAGUUGGCCACUGGGCCGGAAGCAGGCGGGGCCGUGGGGGCCGGGGACCUUUCCCCCUUCAGGUCGUGUCUGUUGGGGGGCCCACAAGAGGGCGUCCUAGAGGAGUGAUUUCCACCCCAGUGAUCCGGACCUUCGGAAGAGGUGGAAGGUACUAUGGCAGAGGUUAUAAAAGCCAGGGCAUGAUUCAGGGCAAGCCUCCAUAUGCCGCUUCUGCAGAAGAAGUGGCCAAAGAACUGAAGUCGAGAUCUGGGGAAUCGAAGUCCUCCGCUGUGUCUUCUGACGGGUCCCUGGCUGAAAACGGAACAGUGGCUGAGGAGAAGCCGGCUCCCCAGGUGAACGGGAGCACAGGCGACACCAGGGCCCCCAGCCACUCGGAAAGUGCCUUGAACAAUGACUCUAAGACGUGCAAUACAAAUCCUCACUUAAAUGCACUAAGUUCAGACAGUGCUUGCCGCAGAGGUGACACUCUGCAGGCCGCUGUCUUAAAGAAAGAAGAGUAAACUUAUUUUUUAUAGAGGGUGAAGGAUGCUGGAAGGGUAAGGAUUUAGGAAUAUCUGGAGAGAAAGAGAGCCUACAGUGACGUACAUUUUUUCCUUUCCGUAAGAGAAAAAUGAGGACUUUGGAAAUUCGGAUCCCUCUUUGAUAUCAGAGAUUUAAACAACACAUUUUUAGUUUUAACCAGUUGUAGUCAAAAUGCUACAAUAAUACAAAAAGAGAGAAAGAAAAUGAAGAGCAUUUGACUCCCACUCUUAAAAUGAAGUACACAAAGUUUAAACUGGUUAUGACAAAAGCCUAUAGUUAUGUUUCUUGAACUAUAAAGAAAACAAAUUUUGGCAGUCUUUAAGUAUAUAUAGCUUAAAAUAUCAUUUUUAGCAUUUGGCACCAUAUGUAUGCCAUUAUAUUUGAUUUUUGCAUUACUGUUUCACAAGAAAGCUUUGUUCAAGGCUUUUAUGAUUAUGAAAGAAAUAAGGCACAACCACAGUUUUCUUUCUUACUUAAAUUUCAUCACUGUUGAUGUGGUUCUUUUGUGUUAAAAAAAAAAGUGCAACUAUCAAAACUAAAAAAAAAUUAUAAUAUUGCCGUUCUGCUGAUUUUAAAUAUACAGUACAUCAUACAUACUUUACAAGGAAGUUAAAUGGAAAUAAAGUUGAAAUCAUAGAAGAUGCAAAUGACCUUUCAAAAUCAACAAUGUGUUCUGAAACUUCGUGACCUAAUACCAUGCCUCUGUGAUCAAUGAACUAUGUGGUUUUGAAUCGGAUGUAGACCAUUAGUGCUACUACUUGAGCUAAACUUCUGCAUGGUUCAUAAUUUUUAAAGUGUGUAGUUAAUAUUAUGCAUGUUACCGUCCUUUCUUCCAUUCUUACCAGUAUGUGCCCAUUUGCAAAACAAAAAUGCUAAUAAUCAGUAAUAGUCCUAUAAAAAAUGUUAACUCUGUUUAGUCAUUGACUGAUCUUGCUCUAACCUUAAAAUUUUGUGAUUAUUGAUCUCUGUUGCAUUUAUUCUAAAUCCCUCCCCCCAAAAUUAUCUAGCCGUUUCGAAUAUCGACAUUACCCUGGUGUACUCACUGCUGUAUGCAUUAUUGUUCUUUGUUGCUGUUUUAUGCCUUCAUAUUAGCAAAAUAUGGAAUUCUGUGAAAAACAAAAAAAAAUCCCUUUAAUCUUUAAAAAACAAAAAAACAAAAAAAAACAUACCCCCCUUCUGUAGCAGGAAAUAAAUUGCUUGUUCUUGAGAACUUUCCCAUCAAGAAUUUAGUAGAAGCAGGUAUACUUAUAUCAUUUUGAUGUUUUUGUUAAUGUUUCCAAACAAUGUACUUUGAAAUCAGAAUCACUUCUUAUUCGUUUUCAUAUAAUUCUCCUGAUGCUCUUCAUCACACAUUAGUGAUCAGAAAUGAGAUGUAAUUCCCCAGUCCCUGCCCGCAAGACCUGAGUAGGACCUUACUGUAAGUUGAAGGGAGUUUUGCCCUAACUCAUGGAUUGUGCAAGAAUGAACUGCUGUUGGGUUUGACUGAUUGUAGACGGGUUGUGGUGUGGUGUAUCUGAAGGCUAUUGAAUGCAACUUACAAUGCUUAAUAAAAAUCUCUAUUCUUUUAGUAUAAAA